AGAUGUGGUUAAUAGGAGAUCCAAUCAAAUGAAUAUAGAUGUGAUAAACAGUUCCAAUUUAUGUUCUGAAAUAAUAGAAUAUUCGAAUAAUGAAGAAUGUGCUGUUUGUAAUCUUGCGAGUAUUAAUCUACCAUCCUUUAUAAUUAAAGAAGAGAAUAAAAUCAAUGGUGAAGAGAUCAAAAGGGUCGUGAGAAGACUGACCAAAUCCUUGGAUAUAUUGAUAGAUAAAAAUACAUAUCCUAUUCCUCAGGCAGAGAAAUCCAAUAAAUGUCAUAGACCAAUCAGAAUUGGUACAUCAGGUUAUGCAUCAUUAUUAUGUGUGAUAGGAAUUCCUUUUGAUUCAAAGAAAGCAAAAAUAAUUAUACAAGAAGUUUAUGAAAUAAUUUAUUUUUUAGUUUUGGAAACAUCAAUGGAAUUAGCAGUAGAAAGGGCCGAUUGGAAUAAAUUGAUCGAUAAAGAUUUAGUUAGUGCAGAUUUUAUUACUAGAACUUUUGAUUGGGUAAAACUACAAUGUUCAUUAAAUUGGACAAAACUCAAGGGUAAUAUUCAAUUAAAUGGUACGCACAAUUCUUUAUUGAUGACACAGAUGUCUACAUCAACAACAUUGACAAUAUUAAUGGUAUCAAAUGGUAUAGAUCCUUAUUAUUUAAAUAUAUUUCAAUUAAAGAAUAAAGGAGGUGGUGGUGCCAAAAACUUAAUGGAAUUUGAUCCCAAAUUACUUACUGAGUUACUUGAAUCUAAUAGAACUAAAAAACGUACAGAAGGGCUUUCAUUAGAAGUUAAUAAAUUUGAUUUAUCGAAGCUAGUGAAUAAAUUGGGUGGUGAAGAUAAUAAAACCGAUUUAAAAAUAGAGGAUUCAAGUAUAUUUGUUCAGUAUAUUGAAUUAGACGAAUUGAUUAAAGAAAGUAAUGGUAUUAAUACUAAAGUUUCCUUUAUAAGAAUAGAUACGCGUAUUCACAAGGUUCGAACAAAGGAGAGGGGUAGUUUUAUAACAUCCCAGACAAUUGAGAGUUUUUUAAAUAAUAAAAAAUAUUUUACUCUGACUAUCAACAAUAUGUUUGAUAAAUAUAAGCAGUAUUUGGUGUCCAAAAAGAAAUAUGUGAUCACAUUGAUUGGUCCACGAUGUUCUGGUUUAACACAUUCAAAAAAGAUUAUUCGUGAUUACUUAGAAUUGAAUGGGCUUGUCGUAUCAUGUUUAAACGAUGAUGAAUUAUUUGAUAGUAUGAUACAAGAUUCAGAGAUUAUUCAAGGAGAAACUAAUAUUAUUACUAAGCAAUAUUCGGUAUACAAACUUUAUUUGAAUUUAUAUAAUUAUUUGGUAAACGAAAGAAAACCACACGCAGAUAUUAUAAUAUUAGAGAGAUCAUGUGAUGAUGUUAAUAUUUGGAACGCCGGAUUGCAUAUUUUACCUGUUAAUUAUUAUCGACAAGACAUGCAGAAUCAAAUAUUAAUUUAUAUUCGAAGCAAGAUACUUUAG